UUUCAACUGUCCCACUCUGACAAGGAGCUGCUGGAGCGUGAAGAUCGAGGAGAAUCGCAGCAGGAAAUCCUGAGGAGAAUAGCCAAAGACCUGCCUAUCUACACCCGCACCAAUUCUGGAGCAAUUCGUUUCUGUGAGCGCUGCCAGCUGCUGAAGCCUGAUCGAUGCCACCAUUGUUCAGUCUGUGAUAAAUGCAUCCUGAAGAUGGAUCACCACUGCCCCUGGGUGAACAACUGUGUGGGGUUCUCCAAUUACAAGUUCUUCAUGCUGUUCCUGGCAUAUUCUCUGCUUUACUGCCUUUUUAUAACUGCAACAGAUCUUCAGUAUUUUAUCAAGUUCUGGACAGCUGGAGGUAGAGCACAUUUCCGUCUCAAAGAAUACCUGAAAGACCUCCCGGACACUCAGGCAAAGUUCCACAUCCUGUUCCUCUUCUUCUCUGCCUCCAUGUUCUCUGUCAGCCUGGCUUCACUCUUCGUCUAUCACUGCUGGCUCGUCUGCAAGAACAGAUCCACCCUGGAGGCUGUGCGUGCUCCGGUGUUUCGUCACGGCACAGACAAGAACGGGUUUAGUCUUGGCCUUAGUAAGAACUUCCGUCAAGUCUUUGGUGAUGAAGUGAAAUACUGGCCCAUUCCCAUUUUCUCCAGUUUAGGCGAUGGCUGCUCGUUCCCAACAUGCCUGGUGAAUCUGGAUCCUGAACAGCCCUCAUCACCCACCGGGUCCAACUCUGGCAGCAAGAGUGCAGCAGAGUGCCGCCAGUUUCCCUCCAAACCACUCAGAGAAAGUCAGAGCCGGCUGCUCUCCAGCACCCCCUCCUGGUCAGAGAGUGAAUGUGCAGCCGACAAGGACAAGAAGGGUGCCACUAACCCAGUGCUGACCAUUGAGAAUGAGGCAUAACCUAUGGUUACAGUUUCAAACCAGAAAUGUCUGUGCGGUCCGUCUGCGUGUUCGUGCCUGUCAGAACUGGAUGUGAUGCCGACAUCCACGUCAUUUCCCAUCAUGCAUCCUGCUCCUGAGAGGGCUACAUGACUCUCAUCACAGACGAAACCCACAGAACCUGUAAUGAUUCCUCUCAAGAGUUAUUACCGCUAUUAUCACGCUGUCGUCUGAAAAUUCGGUGAAACAGGGCCAGCGCUUUGGUUUCUAAAUCCUGGGCUCCAUUAAAAAAAUAAUAAUUAAAAAAACAUUUUUUAUUAUAGCUUCAGGUCAUGCAGACUGAUUUGCCAGUUCUGUUAGUUUGUUUUCAUUUUACAGCUGGACACUAAAUGCAGGGUGCCAAAUGUUUGAUGAGUUGUAGAGAUAUUAAGGAGGUAUUCUGGCUGUUUUGAAGUAGGAAAUUCUGAAAUAGUCAGAAUUAACUAAUAUUUUACCUGUUGCAGAUAGCUCGCUAAACAACCUCAGUUCAGAGACACUGAGUUUGUGUUUGACAGGACCGACCAGAUAAUGACUAGUCUGAAUCAGGCCAAGACCACAGUGGGCUGCUGAUGCUGCAGCCUCCCAGAAUUUCACAGAAGUUUGUGUGAUCUCGUAAAACUUAACACCCCUGUCAGUUUUGCAGUAGAUAUUUAUAUGAAGUUCUGUGGCAGUAGCAGCAUUUCCAGCAGGAAUUUCACAAAAUUUGUUUUAUGUUAAAGUCAUCGUUUGAGUUCUUUCAUCUCCAACUGGUCUGCCAGUUCUCCUCUGACCUCUAAUUUUGACAUUUUCAUCCACAUAGCUGUCACUCACAUUUCUCAUUUUCUCUUUUUUGAACCGUCCUCUGUAAACCCCCGAGAUGGUCAUGUGUUAAAAUCCCAGUAGAUCAAUAGCUUCUUAAAUACUUAGACCAACACUCCUGUUAUGUGCAACAUCUCUAAACUCUUCUUUCUGCUCUCAACCUGAUGCUCAGUUUGAACUUGAGCAAGUUGUCUACACCAGAGUUUCUUAAACUGGGGUCCGCAAGAGGUAACUUAGGGGUCCUCAAAAAAUUUCACUAAAUUGUUAGUUUGGUUUUUAUUUUUUAAAAUGCAUGGAGAACAAUGAACUAAUA